AUGAAUUAUUAAUAAGGAAUUCAAUCCUGUAGCCCUACUAAAAAAAAGUAAGAUUGUUUCUUAAAAAAGAUAAGAGGAGAUUGGCUCUCCUAUCACAAUUUCUGUUCAAUCCGAAUUUGAGCAGUUAACAUUAGACACUUCUCCCAAAUUAGAUCCACUCACUAACUAGCAUAGUGAGAUUCUUGACUUUAUUGAUGAAGUAGAUUAGGAGGAAAAGCUUAGAAAACACCAAAGUUUAAGUUUAUAAAAAGAUCUAAUCAGAAGAAAUAAUAAAAAUAAGGCUAACGAAGGAUAAUCUUCUCCACACUCUAAUCAAUCUUUAAAUGAUCAAAAGUUUAAAUAUAUCAAAGAACUUUGGUUGCAGGAAUCACCCAUAUAAGAAAUAAAUAAACAAGCUCUAUCUUAAAGAGUGAUUUCAAUCAAUGAAGAAUAAUAUUUCAAAGAUCUUCAGAGUGAUAAUGUUAUAGGAAUGGGAGUUUAUCACUCUAAUGAAGCUAGUCCUUAAAUGUAUUUCGAACCUGAUAUUGAAACAGAUAUUUAUAUCUCAAGUUUGAUUGUAAUGACUAAAUUUAAUUAUCAAUAGGAUUCAUUAUGGGGAAAUUAAAUAAUUUCUCGAAAAUUGUAGAAGCUUAUUGAAUCAGGAACUCCAGAAUAAUAAUUAUUAAUUGUCUAAAAACUAGAAAGAAUAAGUCCAUAAAUUGAAAAAGAUGUCUUUGGAAAUUAUGUAGUUCAAAAAAUUUUUGAUUGUUGUGGAGAUCUUAAACUUAAAACUAGAAUGUUCAACAAAUUAAAAACUCACUUUUAUGAUUUAUCUAAAAAUCCUUUUGGAUGUAGAGUUAUGCAAAAAUUAAUUGAAUAUUCGUAAGGCAAAGAGGAUGUCCAAAAUUCUAUACUUUCUUAAUUGGUUUAGAAUAUGAGAUCUUUGAUUUACGAUUCUAAUGGCAAUUAUGUCAUUUUUAAGAUGUUAGAAUCUUAUGACAAACCUAAAAUGGAAUUUCUUAUCCCUAUAGUUGAAGAAUCUGUAUUUAAUCAAUUUAUCGUAGUUUCAUUAUAUGGCUCAACAAAUCUAUGGAUGUAAAAUCAUUCAUAAAAUCAUCUAAUAAUAUGCUCCAAAUUACAUCGCCAACCUAGUCAAAUAAUCUAUCGCUAACUAUACAGUCUUGAGUUAAACUGAAUUUGGAAACUAUAUUCUUUAACACAUAUUAUAGUUUUGGAUUCCCUCUCCAGAGAAAACUAGACUAAUCUAACUUGUAAUCUAACAGUUUUAUUAAUUAAGCAUUAACAAAUAUGCAAGGUCAGUAAUCUAAUCUUAAUUUUAGUAAUACUGUUGAAAGAGCCUUAGAAACUUUGAGUAAAUCAGAAUUGAUAACUGUGCUAAAUUGGUUGUUAUUUAGAAACCAAACUCAAUAAUAAUUCGCUUAUGUAGCUUCGAAUUUUGUAUAAUUGGCAAAUCAUUAAUAUGCAAAUUAUGUGAUCAAGAAAUUUUUGAUCUUGGUCGAUUAAUAAAUGCAACAAUCUAUUUUAAAUUUCUUAAUAAAAAAUUAGUAAGAGUAUUAAGCUCUGAAAUCCACUUUACAUGGUAACUUUUAAUUUAAUCCAAAUAGGCUAACGAAUUUGUAGUCUUCUGGAGAAAUAAGUGAAAUGUUGA